AUGCUGUCCUCAAUCCCUCUCAUCGCUCCCCGCGACGCACACACCCUCUGGUACACCCCCACCAGCACCUUCACCCCCACCGCCCCCCCCUCCUACACCACACACCCCUCCCCCCCGCUCCCCACCUCCCAAAACAUCCACCCCUCCUCCCUCCCGCACCGGCAACAGCUCCUCCACCACCGCCGCACCCCCACCAUCUCCCCGCUCACACAGCUCACCCUCGACGAGCAAUCCCUCCACCAGCGCAAAGUCCACAUCCAGCGCUUCGGCGCCACAUGGAUCAAGCCACCAGGGAUCCACAAGACGUACCAGGGCGAGCUAGACGACAAGGCCGAGCGCGAAGAGGCCGAGCGGCAGGCCAUGAUGGAGGACGACGGCGGUGGGGCGUUCGACGACGAGGACGGCGAGGGCGGGGUGACGCGCGAUGAGGCCGGGGAGGAGGGCGAGGAGGUGGAUCUGGAUGCGGGGAUUCCGGAGGUGGAUUCGCUGCUGAGUGAUGAUGACGACGAGCUCAGUGAGGAGGAGGAGGAGGUGGAUGCUGAAGACGGGGAGGAGGUGGAUCUGGAUGCAGAGGUGCCGGAGGCGGAUGCGGUGUGGGAGGACUCCGAGGAGGAGGACGAGGAUGAAGAUGAGGAGGAGGACGAGGAAUUCUAUGAGGAGGACGAGGAGGAGGAGGAGGAGGAGACGCAGCAUACCGGCGGCAUUGAGUCCAGCCCUCAUCAGGCGAUGUACUCGCAUGAUGAGCACUUUGGACCGCCGGAUUCGAGGGUCGAACAGAGGCUUCGUGCCUAUCCGCGCCGCUCGCUCGUCAGGAGUGAUGAUGAGAUGGAGGUUGAUAGCGACAACUAG